AAUAUCUACCGUAUAUGCAAAAAUGCAAAUUUGUCAAAAAUUUGGUCCCCUGCCCAACCCCGGUUUCUUCUCAAUACUUAUUUUAAUAAGUCUAUUUUGGGUCCCCUAAAGGGAAUCCACGUUAAUUUUCUUAUAUAUUCAAUUUUUACAUCUGCGAAUUAUAUUCAAAUGAAAUCAGAAUAUGAUAUCAUUUUAGGAGCUUGUAUUCUUUUCCUUUUGAUAAAUUUAAGAGCUUUUAUUCUUCGAAGUAGGUUUCUGACAUGUUUUUCGUAUUUAACAAAGUUUAAUACACAAUUUCAAAAAAGUACUCUUAUUAUAACUCCGAGAUAUUAGAAAUUAUACUGAUUUCCGUCUGUAAAGCGUAGUACUAAGUUUUUCGCACGAAAAAAUAUUUUCGAACGAAAUUUUUUCGCUGUGGAAAAUUGACAGUGGAGAUUUGUGACAGUGACAGUGGAGAUUUUCAAUUUUAAAGAAAAUAGCAGUGUUCCACAAAAUACAAAAAAUGUUUAUCGAUUCAGACUCUGAUUCUGAUUUGGAAGAUGCUAUUUUGUUAUAUAGUGCAGUGCUUGCCGAAUCUAUCAAAAAACAAAAAAAGAAAAGGCAAAAUAAAAGCAUUUAUUUGAAGAAGCGACAAAAAAGUGGCAGGUUUGCAAGAGAUUUUCAGGAUUUAAUUAAAGAUCCAAUAAGAUUCUGUGAAAAUUUUCACAUGGACGUGAUAACUUUUCAGCGGAUCCUAUCGAUGGUGACACCUUAUUUGAAGCCCAAGAAAAUGACUCGGCCAACAGAUGGAAUAUCUCCGAAUCAAAAGUUGGCGGCAGUGUUAGAGUACUUCGCUUGCGGAAGUCUGCAAAGGCACAUCGCUUCUGUGUAUAGGAUAAGUAAGCAACAUUUUGGUAAAAUAAUUGAUGAGGUUUCGAUUGCCCUCAUAUCAGCAUUAAAUGAAUACAUUCCACCAUAUGAUGCCAACGUCAUGAUUAAUGCUGCAAAUGACUUCAACUACCAAUGGAAUUUUCCAAAUUGUGUUGGAUCAAUUGAUGGAAAACAUAUUGCCAUUAAAUGUCCUCCCAAAGCUGGUAGUAUGUUUUUCAAUUACAAGGGUUACCAUAGUAUUGUUCUUUUGGCUGUCGCCGAUGCCAAAUAUAAAUUUUCGUACAUUGAUGUCGGAGCUUAUGGAAGCGAAGGAGACGCAGGUGUUUUUUCGAGCAGUAAAUUGGGAAAAGCAAUGGCAAACGAAUCACUUCCAGUUCCACCAGACGCUAAAAUACAUGAUAAACGAUUGCCGUUCUUUUUCGUCGGAGAUGAUGCAUUCCCACUUGGAAAGCGGUUAAUAAAACCAUACGUUCCGAAACGCAAUCAAAUGUUAGAACCAGAUAAAAGAUCUAUAAAUGGUCUUGCAUUCCGCAACUGUAAUAAAAGCACAAAUAUAAUGCCUACACCAACAUUUUCAUAAAACUAUAUUACCUGGUCU